AUGAGUGUCUACAAAGUCCGAAAAACAUACCCAAAGACAAUACUCGUGAGCACCCCUUGGCGGCGCCACAGUCACAUCAGCUGUUUUCCCGUCAUGAGUUUUCCUUCUUCCAUCUUUAUCGUCGAUCCCCUGUUCCUCCACCCUACCCCUCUCUACCUGUUCUCUCGUGGCCCACACGAAGCGCUGGUGCUCCUCUCGGUCCAGCGAGAUCGUCUUGUCCAGCUCCGGGAUUGCGAGAAAGUUGAACUGGCAAACCUUCUUGCCGUCGUCGAGCGUGUAGAAAUGGGGCUCUCCCGCCUGCGCCAUGAAGCAGGCGGCCUCGAGGCCCGUCUCCUCCCGGAGCUCGCGGGCCGCGCCGUACAGGAUGCUGUGGUCGUCGUCCUCGCACGCGCCGCCCGGCGGCUCCCACAAGUUGGGGUCGUCGUCGUCCGCGGCGCGCUGCAGUAG